UGCACUUUCUCGAGACUCCAUCUCCAUGAACAACCUGAAUGAUCCUCCUGGAUGGAAUAUAAGGCCAGGGCCACAUGAGGGUCCUGAUGGGGGGAAAUGGAACUACGCUCUCUUGGUGCCGAUGCUUGGCCUUGCGGCCUUUCGUUGGAUCUGGACACGUGAGUCGCAGAGGCAGAUCCAAGAAGCGAAAAGCCAGUUCGAGGGGAACGUGGCUGCCACUGCUAAAGAUCUGGAGCUCAAGUAUAAAGAUACGUUGACAGAGAACCGACGUAGGACGGCCCUCCUGGAGCUGGAGCUAGAGAAAGCACAUCAGCGUGUGGAGGGCUACAAGAAGGCCCUGGCCUCGCAGAGCCAGCGUUUUUCGGAAGAGCACAAGAAGCUGCAGAAGGAACGUGAGGAACUAGAGGAGGAGAAGAAGCGUGCCCUGAAGAAUGGAUCAGCUGGAUUGGCGCUUCAAGCCGCUCUGCAACAGGAGGAGGAAUGGCAGCAGAGAGCCCAGGCUUUGCUCCAGGACCUGGAGCACCAGCUGGUGGAGAGGCAGUAUGCCUUCUGCAGCUACCUGCUGCCCAGGGAACGCAGGAUGGACAUGGAGAAAGAGCUGCUGCUCAGGGUGGCCAAGGACCCGACAGGGGUGGAAUUGGGGCUGGAGGAUGACAUCAGGGACAUUUUUAAACAUGAUAGGCACUGCGCAGACAUCGGCAAUAUGGACAGGAGGAAAAAUGGGAAGCUGAUGUGGCUGUAUCUUAAAUACUGGAGGCUGCAGGUUACACUGCAGAAACACAAGAGAGCAGAAGACAGGUUGAAGACGUUGCUGCCUGAUAUCAAGAGAGCUUAGGAAUUCUGACAAAUAUUGCACUUAUUUUUAAACCUAUGCCAAUAGUGUGCAACAGAUCUCAUGGUUCAUACUAAUGUAUAUGUAUUUACAGAUUGACAAAUUAAAGGGGGAAAAAAAAGGUUGUGCCAUGUUGGAGGAAUCCACAUGUCCCCCAAAUUCUUCCAACUGAUCACCUUGAUCCUGUGAUGAAACCUUUAUCCACCAUGAUCCCAUCACUAUCCACAGAGCACAAGCACUCGCUGAAUGAUGAUGAUGAUGAUGAUGAUGAUGAUUAUAAGGAAAAUGAUGUAAAUAUGAUCUCAAACCAGAGGAAUAUCUAUGGGAGAUUUAUAAAAUGAUACGCACAGCGCUGUUCUCCACCUCCAUCACCAUCAAAACACUAUCUGAGGAGAACCUUUAGAGCCUUCUUCACUUUUCCAGACACUUGAAGAAUCUGACACAGUGCAUUAAAUGGUGUUUCGAUGGCUCAUCACGAGCCUACACACACCCAGUACUAAAACGCUCUCUUUUAAUUCGUCACCCAUCUGUUGUGUUUUCUUUAACUUUGCAAGUCAAGCGUAUUUAUAUUUUUGUUUUAAAUAAUGCCGCUGCUGUUUUUCUGUUUUUUCUUUUCUGUUACUCCGCAUGAAAUUAUAGCUGGUUCACCUGGACUCUUUUAUUCCUACAGAUGCCAUGAAAUCCUUCCUUUAAUGAUAAAUAAAAAUUAAAAA